AUGGCGGCGGCGCCGGAGGAGCUGCUCUGCGCGGCGGCGAAGUCCGGUGAAGAGGAGGAAGUCGCUAAACUCCUUGCCUCAGGAACUGACGCGACCCACUUCGAUGCCGACGGCUUGACCCCGCUCAUGCACGCGGCCGCGGGGGGGCACGCCGGCGUUGCGCGCCUCCUCCUCGACUGCGGUGCGCCCUGGAACGCGCUCUCCCCCUCGGGCCUCUCAGCAGGGGACCUAGCCUCGGACCCCGACACCUACGACAUCCUCCUCGACCACGCCCUCCGCUCCGAGCUCGUCCUUGGCACCGUCGCGCGGCGGCAAGCGGUCCCCGCGAACGCCUCGGACGGUGCCCCGGCCGAGAGCUACCUCGAAUCCAGGGUCUCGUUCAGCGAGGAGAGGGUGAUGGACGCGGAGAGCAAGGCAGUGAUGAUGGCGUGGGAGCGGCCGCUGAUGGAGGCGCACGCGCGGGCGGUGUGCCAAGGCGGUGGCAAGGUGCUCAACGUGGGGUUCGGGAUGGGGCUGGUGGACGAGGCGAUACAGAGGUACGAGCCCGAGGAGCACACCAUCGUCGAGGCCCACCCAGAGGUGUACGAACGGAUGCUCAAGCUCGGGUGGGGCGAGAAGAAGAACGUCAGAAUCGUGUUCGGCCGAUGGCAGGACGUGAUGCCGCAGCUCGGAUCUUAUGACGGUAUAACAUAUCUUCUACCUUUGCUUAUUCAUUUCAGUGUUGUCAUGUUUGGUCAUCGAUGUUGCAAUGAUAAAUGCUUUCUUGUCUGGGGACUGGGGGUUGCAUUAUCCAUGGUAUGCCUAGUAGGGAUUCAGGAGUAUGGAGAAGUUGGGCAAAAGCUGAAGAUAGGAAAUUUCUGGAAUGUUGCGCUAGCCAACUACUGCUCAUUCCGAGCUGUACCUGAGGAUACUGAGAGGAGCAUGUUCGGAGGAGAGGGACUGCCGCUGUCAGCCGUGGAGAUGGUGGCUGUCACAGGACGGGACAUGGAUCUCAUAGGGAUGCAGGGCAUGAAUGGAUAUGAUACGUUUAAUUAG